AUGUUAGCGUUUUGUUCAAAAGGGCAUGCUCACCAACCAUCGCCCAAAACACAAGUUGCAUUAUUUAUCUUUAGAGAUUCACUAUUUGAUGCUGGAAACAAUAUCUAUAUCAACACCACUGUUUGUUACCGGGCAAAUUUCUGGCCAUACAGUGAAACCUUCUUCAAGUACCCUACUGGAAGAGCUUCCAAUGGUCGUUUAUUUCUGGAUUUUAUUGCUAAGUAUGCAAAGUUUCUAUUAAUUCCAACAUAUUUUCCAUCCUACAAUGAUCAAUUUAUUUAUGGGGUGAACUUUGCAUCCGGGGGAGCUGGUGCUUUAGCUGAAACUCAUCCAGGAUAUGUGAUAGAUCUUAACACUCAGCUAAGUUAUUUCAAGCUUGUAGAGAAGGAGUUUAAGCAGAAACUAGGAGAUGCAGGAGCCAAAACAUUGUUAUCUAAGGCUGUUUACUUAUUUAUUAGCAUUGGAACCAAUGACUACUUUGUCCCUUUGAGGACAAACUCAAGUGAAAUAUAUAAGAUUGGAGGAAGGAAAUUUGGGUUCACAAGUUUGAGGCCUAGGAUGUUUCCCAGCCUUGAGAGCAAUUGUGCCUGGAAGCUCAGGAUCCUGCCUGGAGAGUGCUUCAGAGGUUUCAAGGAAGCCAUCAUGGGUUGUUGUGGCAGCGGUCGAUACAGAGGAAUACUGAGCUGUGGGGGAAUGACAGAAAUAAAAAAGUAUUGA